CAUUGGCGGUGCAAAUGCGCGCGGCUACGAGUCGGAUACGAGCCAGUUCGCGAACAUCGGGCCAGUCGCUCAGUGGCAGGAAAAAAUGGCGGAUGUGGACUUGAAUAUCGACAACUUGAUACAAAGAUUACUGGAAGUAUACCACACGCAGAAAGACCAGGUUCAGAAGAAAGCCAAGCUAAAAGAUAUUUUCUCGUCAGACUUCGUCGUCAGAGGAUGUCGACCGGGCAAAACCGUAAUCAUGACGGAGGCCGAGGUGCGCGGUCUCUGUCUCAAGUCCCGGGAGAUUUUCCUGCAGCAGCCGAUUCUUCUGGAGCUCGAGGCGCCGCUUAAGAUCUGCGGCGACAUACACGGACAAUACACCGAUCUGUUGCGGUUGUUCGAGUACGGCGGUUUUCCGCCCGAGGCCAACUACCUGUUUCUCGGCGACUACGUCGACCGGGGUAAGCAGUCCCUGGAGACGAUAUGUCUUCUACUGGCUUACAAGAUCAAGUAUCCGGAGAACUUUUUUCUUCUGCGCGGCAAUCACGAAUGCGCCAGCAUAAACAGGAUAUACGGUUUCUACGACGAGUGCAAACGACGGUACAACAUCAAGCUCUGGAAGACGUUCACGGAUUGCUUUAACUGCUUGCCCAUAGCCGCGAUAAUCGACGAGAAGAUCUUUUGCUGCCACGGCGGGCUCAGUCCUGAUCUACAGGGAAUGGAGCAAAUCAGAAGAAUUAUGCGUCCAACUGAUGUACCUGAUACCGGUCUUCUCUGUGAUCUCUUGUGGUCCGAUCCCGACAAAGACGUUCAGGGUUGGGGCGAGAACGACAGAGGAGUGUCCUUUACAUUUGGUCCGGAUGUUGUAUCCAAGUUCUUGAAUCGUCACGACAUGGAUCUGAUAUGCAGAGCGCAUCAAGUCGUCGAGGACGGUUACGAAUUCUUCGCCAAACGGCAGCUCGUUACAUUAUUCUCCGCGCCGAACUAUUGCGGCGAGUUCGACAAUGCCGGCGGAAUGAUGAGCGUCGACGAAACCCUUAUGUGCAGUUUUCAGAUCCUGAAGCCGUCGGAAAAGAAAGCGAAGUAUCAGUAUGGAGGAAUGAACACAGGUCAAACCGGUAGACCAUCUACACCACAGAGGAAUCCAGCGAAAAAGAAAUGACAGCCUUCUACCGAUCCUGCGCAACAACAAACGCGAUUAUCCAUAAUGGAGGCUAUCAUGCUAGGUAAAUCUGCUUUAUGCCUGUCAAAGCUUACUUAAUCACUUUUAGUCGAUCACUUAUGUGCAUUAGUACGAAUCUAUUUCCCACGAUUAUCAGUUACAAAAAAACAAAAAAAAACAAAAAAAAACAGACAAAAAACCCAGAGAAAAAAAAAAGAUCAGAAAAAAGGAAAGAAGGAAACGGAGAGCGGAAGGAAGCGAGAAACGUAAGUCGUUACGUCAUUACGUUGUAUUUAAGUUCUUCGCGCGAUAUGAUUCGCAACGAGAUGUUAGAUCGUUUUAUAUUUAGCGCGCGACGUUUUUCAACACACACGAGUAUACAUGUAUACAUACAAUCUCUCAAGAGCGCGGUUUAAACGUUUUACAUGCGACGAUUGGUGCAAGGCAAAAGAUAAGACAUUUUAAAUGAAUUCGCGAAAGUUCUUGCUGUUGCUUUUUGUAGCCGAUGUGCUUUUGUUGAAGACACCCGAAACCCGGUAUCUCGUCUCGGAUGUCACGAUCUGAUCUCGUCUUUGAUUUUCAUGUGUUUCAGCACGAAGACGUCGAGUGAUACAGAACUAAUCUAAUCUGAUAAAGCUAAACCGUAAUAAAAAAGAUUAUACCUCUUCCUCGAGAUUUGCAACUUAAAAAAGAAUUUAAAAAAAAUACAAAAAAUUCAAAAAAAAAAAAAAAAAUACAUUAGCGAUUCGCGGUGAAUCGAGUUUUGACCAUACUUGACGAAGGAUCGCUCGUAGAACAAUUAUAUCUCGCGGCGAUUAUCUUAUUCGAUGCUAUCUUCCAUAAACGGAGCGAUCCUUUGUAAAGCUAGCGCUCAUCCAACAAACAAAAAAAACAAAAAACAAAAAAAAAACAAAGCAUUUUGUCAUUCUCAUUUUGUAUUUAUUGCUUCCACUGUUAAAUGUUGAGUGUAAUUAUGAAAGACUCGCUGUUAUUAUUAUUAUUAUUAUAUCAUCAUUAAUAAUAUUAAUUUUAUUUUUAAUAUUAUUUUUAUCAUUGCUUCUUUUAGCAGCUAAUUUAAAUAUCAUUGUUUCAUGAGAGAAAGAGAAAGAGAGAGAAAUUAGGGAAAGAAAAGGAUGUGAGAGGUUGUGUGUGAAUAAAUGUGCGUCUGCGCGCGUGUGUGUAUAUGAAAAAGAGAAAGAUGUUACGUGUAUAUAGAUGAUAUAUAUGUAUACACACAUAUAUAUAUAUAUAUUUUUGACCAUUUAUCUUUUCUCUUAUUGUUAGAUCAUUUAUUCAUUACUGAUUUAUUUGUAUCAUCAUGUACAGUAUUCCGAGCGUGGUAAAAACAACUUGUAUGUUCCGAAGACAUGUCGUAGACGAAGUGGGUUAUUUAUUUUCUUGAUGCAAUGAAUCGAGCAAUUAAAAAAAAAAAAAAAAA